UACGUAUUAUGAUACGUGUAAGAGUACCAAAUAGUAUUUCUUGACGUUACAUCGUUCUCAAUCAAAACGUUUUCGUGGUUUCUACUUUUCUUACCCCUCUCCCGUUAAAUUGUGUUGUCGUGUUUUAAUGUCGUUUCUACAAUCUGUAGAUCCCGACAUGGAACGUGAGAGGAUGCCUUGUCAAAUUUUACACGUUGGCAAGAACUCGGGACCACCCAGGAUACAGAUUGCGAAAUAAAAAGCAGAUUCUUCUCUCUUCGUCGUUGAUCAGUGCCGAGUAUUAACCCCGAAAUGGCCGAGAUAGCUUUAGUUCGAAUAUCUUUGAAAUUAGUUUGGGGACUGAUUGCAAAUCGAGCGAUCGCACGUUUGGAAACUGGCAGCCCCACAGAUGAAAAGUUAAGGCAACUUCUCCUAAGCGAGUUCCGCAAACUUCACGAGGAGCUAGACGCUUUGAGGCGGAAAGAACUGGUUGCUGCGACGGCUUUCAUGGAGAAUGCCUACGAAAUCUUAAACGAAGAUCCAGAAGAAGCGAGGAAAGAAUUCAACAAGGCAAGAGAUGCGGCCCAAGUUGCACUUGGUGUGGUAAAAGAAUUGCAGGAUAAAGUGCUAGCGACCAAGAUUAUGAUCGCAUCGGCCAUUCACGAGUUUGUGGACAAGCCAGAGGUUGCUGUAUCUCUAUGCAUGACGUACUUAUCUCGACUGAAUUCCCUUCCGAUGGUGAUAAACGCUGCCGGUGCCCAGAUAGGGCAUAAAAUGGGCGCGAAGUGGCGCUGGGGAGGUAAUGCUACCCGACAAGACAUGCUGGGCAAGGUGUCGGAAAUCAACCGCUGUGUAUGGCACUUUGUCGCAGAUCAAGGCAGCAGCAGUAAAUAUUUAGAAAGUGACUGCUCGCAUAUUCCUAUGGAAGGAAGAUUGCUAAACCCCAUGACGGAUUUUAUCCUGUUACGAAGGCGCAUUGAGCUCACUACAUUGCCAGAGGACUUUGGCAUUCCCAUUUGUAUGGUGGUCGUGGAGAACAAGAUAUUUCUUGCUAAGACCCAAGCUGGAUCUGAACAAAAUGAUCCUCUUCUUAGUAAUGCAAUCAAAGCAUUGGAUCCUGAAACAGGAGCAGCGACUGAUCUAAUUGGUCAUGCUGGAGUCGUCUUAUGUUUAGCCUCAGCUGGGUGCCAUGUGGUUUCAGGGUCGUUUGACAAGAGAAUUCUCAUUUGGGAUGCAAAAUCCUGCAAAUGCAUUCAUAUCCUGACUGGGCAUGAGGGAUCAGUGAGGUCAUUAGUAGUUAAUGACUCACACAUUUUCUCCGGUGCUACAGAUAACACCAUCAAGGUUUGGGACAGGGUCACAUAUCAGUUGCAACACACCCUUGAGGGACAUAGUACACCCAUAUCGGCCUUGGCUGUUUCCAACAGACACCUGUUCUCCUGUGAAGUCACUGGAAUGAUCAAAUACUGGGAUCUGAAAAAAUGGACUUGCUUGCAUGAUGUGAAAUCCCCUGGAAAUGUUAACAAACUGUACACUCUGAGCAGCUAUUUGCUCAUCUUGUGUGAUCAGAAAAUCUCCGUUGUCAACUUGGGGAAUUUGAAAGAAGUCACUGUUGCUAAAGAGUCGGCAGAAGUGUCCCUGAUUAUUGGCAGAAGUCUUUGUACUGCUUCAGAAGAUACUAUAUGUUCACUAGAUGUACCAAGCAUGAAAAGCAUUGGUUCAAAAGUUUUCAAGAAGGAUGACAUAGCUCAUAAAAUCAAGUGUAUUUUUUAUGAGGAGAUGACAGGUUACUUGUUCAUCACAUGCAUGUGCUCAACAGCAAAGGGGAAGGAAAAAUAUGUCUUGUUUAGAGUGUAAGAGGGAUGGUUUCCAACCUGUCACCAAAUGUACCUUAAAAUUACAUA